ACAGUCAGUGAGGAGGGAGAACGGGGAGUGGAAAACCAGAGAGACACUUACUGAGAGAGACACACAUACAGACACAUCGAGAGACAACAACAGAACGUGUGAGACCGAGAGAGAGAGAGAGAGAGAGAGAGAGAGAGAGAGAGAGAGAGAGAGAGAGAGAGAGAGAGGGGGUUAGGGAGAGGGUUUCAGCAUUCUCCACGCGCACAGCUGACCCCUAUUACGAAUGCAUUCGCGAGCACUAUCGCGAAAAACACAGGGUAUGGUCGUUAUGUUAGGGGUGAGUCUGUCCGUCCUCUUGCUCCUCCCCUUGGCUUCCCUCAGCCCCUCCCCUUCCAGAGUUUGCAGACGAUGCUGCGACCAUCUGCAGCCCCCAGAGUCCUCUGCUUCACACCCCGCCCACACUGUUGCAGCCACACCGUACCAGAUACCCGAAGUCCGGACCUACAUCAACAUGACCAUACUCAAAGGUGAAAAAGGCGACAGGGGAGACAAAGGUCUGCCGGGGAAAAACGGUAAAGAAGGUCCCCAUGGUAACCGGGGUCCCUCUGGUCCUAAAGGCACCAAGGGCCAGGCCGGUGCCCCUGGAGACGCCUGUAAGACGCAGCACUCCUCCUUCUCUGUCGGACGGCGGAAGUCCCUCCACAGCAUCGACUACUUCCAGGCCCUGGUGUUUGACACUGUGUUUGUCAACACCUACGAGCACUUCAACAUGUUUAAAGGCAAAUUCUACUGCUUCAUCCCGGGCGUCUACUACUUCAACGUGAACAUCCACACGUGGAACUUCAAGGAGACCUACCUCCACCUGAUGCACAACGACAGGGAGCAGGUGAUCCUGUACGCCCAGCCCAGCGAGCGCUCCAUCAUGCAGAGCCAGAGCGUCAUGAUGGACCUGGCGCUGAACGACGAGGUCUGGGUCCGCCUGUACAAGCGGGAGCGGGAGAACGCCGUCUACAGCGACGACGUGGACGUGUACAUCACGUUUAACGGGUACAUGGUUUCCCCCGGGGACCAGUGACGGGGGGGGGGGGGGACGAACUCUGGGCUGCAUGUCGGUUGUCCCGCCAUUUCCGCUGUUUUCAGGGAUGACGUGGGACUCAACCCGGGGGGUUUGAUUUUGAAGCUAUUAGCGUCUGACCCACAUGUGCCUACACAGCUCCUUAAAUUUGAAUGGGGAACUCUAGGUUCAUUUUUGUUUCUCGCUUCAGUUAUUCAAAUGUGACACUGGGUUGAUUUCAGUUGUCCCAAUGUUGUGCCUACAGUAGACCGGCAUACAUGUUUUCCUGUUCCCUACAAUGUCCUUCCUACGCUGUUCUCAGGUAGCCUUGGCAUCAGGAAGAUUUUGGUCACAAAUUGACGACAUUGGUUUGAUAGUCCUUAUUUUAACCAAACACACUUAUUUUAUCAUACAAUUUACAAACAAUAUUAACAUUUCUCAACGCCUUUUCAAUGUCUCCAAGUCAAAGGUUGGGGAAUAGAGAUUGUUGAAGUAAUUCAAGUUAGUCUUGAUUUCAUGUUGAUAAGUCUGUGUUCACAGGGCCACAUUUUUAGGCUGCUGAGCAGCUUGUAACCUGUAAAUAAAUGUAUAGACCUUAGAGACUUUAGUUACCGGUAACAUUUUGAUAAUUAAUCUGGGUGCUACUCGGUUUUGAAAUGACAUGUUGUUAUUAUUUUUGUUAUUAUUGUUGUUCUGAUGGUUUGAACCUAGUGGUUCUAACCCUUAAAGGUGAUUGAAUGAAAGCCAUGGUCUAUCAGACUGUAUUCCGUGGAUAAUACAUUGGCAUUAAACAUUUUCACUGUUGUAAUAACGUUAAUAACCGAUUCAUAA